AUGUCAGUGCACUCACCGUUGCCGUCGCCAUUAGUGCUGCCUUUACCAGCUGCGCUUGAUACCCGCUCAUUUUUCAAACUUCACUGGACGUGCUUCAAAGUUCUCGGCAUUAUCGCACCCACCUCGAAUGCCUAUUAUUUUGGCUAUUCAGUUCUGCUGCAUCUGCUUGUCACCUUCUGUUAUCCGCUGCAUCUUGCCAUGGCUCUCUUCAGUAACACCAAUGCCUCAGCCAACAUCCAGAAUCUUGCGGUAUGUGUCACCUGUGUGGCCUGCAGCAUGAAAUUCAUCAUUUACGCUACGAAAAUGGAGCGUUUACGUGAAUUGGAAGCCAUAAUGGCAGCACUGGAUGAACGUGUCAACAGCUCACGUGAACGUCGCUACCUUGCGCAGUUGCGCAAGGAAAUACGCCACAUUAUCGUCGGGUUCCUCAGCAUUUACACGCUAGUCGGCGUGACGGCAGAGUUGAGGUUUAUUUUUCGUAAUGAGCAUAAUUUGUUGUAUCCGGCAUGGUUUCCGUUCGAUUGGCGUGCAUCCGAUUUAAAGUUCUAUGCGGCGCAUUUAUAUCAAAUUGUUGGCAUCUCAUUUCAGUUGCUGCAAAAUUUCGUAAACGAUUGCUUCCCGACUAUGACAUUGGUGCUGCUGUCGGCGCAUAUCAAAUUGCUGGGUAUUAGAGUUUCACAAAUUGGCUACGCAAAUCGGAGUUUGGAUGAGAAUGAAGAGGAAUUGUUUCGUUGCAUCAAAGAUCAGGAGCAGCUUUACAACAUGCUGAAUGUUAUUCAAAAUAUCAUCUCGCUGCCGAUGUUUCUGCAAUUCACAGUUACAGCAUUCAACAUCUGUCUGGCCAUGGCUGCAUUGUUCUUUUUCGUCGAUGCACCAUUCGACCGUUUAUAUUAUUUUACAUAUUUCCUUUCGAUGCCAUUGCAAAUAUUUCCCACCUGUUACUAUGGCACUGACUUUCAAUUACUUUUCGAGAAGCUACACAUCGAAAUGUAUUCGAGCAAUUGGGUGGAGCAGACACAGAAAUUUCGCAAACAUAUGAUACUCUUCUGUGAGCGUUCGCUGAAGCAACACACGGCAAUGGCUGGUGGCAUUGUACGCAUUCAUUUGGAUACGUUCGUUUCGACCUGUAAGGGAGCUUACUCCUUGUUGGCCGUUAUAAUGAAGAUGAAUGAAUGAGACGGCAUGGAAAUAACUGGCGAAAAAAAACAAACAAAUUUUUUGCAUAUGCACACGCGUACGUGUUGUCUAUGAAUAUUGAUUCCUAUUUUGAGCACCUUUAAAUUAGAGUAGAAGCAUUUAGAAAUUUGUUUCGAACAAAUAUACUAGUACAUCAGAUU